UAGGCGUAGAGACCAGAAGAAAGACCCAGCCACACCAGAAGCCAGAGCCACGGACUUCUUGUUGGUCCUGGACUCUUUCCGUGAUAGAGACCUCCUGAUAACCUCCUCUGGGUAUGGGCCGGCUUCUGGUCUGCUCUGACUGCUGCUCCACUCCAUCCGCAGCAGGCAAGCCAUUACGCAUCUAAUCAGAGCAGUAUUUUAAGCUUACUCUCCAAGCAACAUCCCUGCAAAAGCAAGCUGGCGAGAGACGCCUGCUCCGGACCCUAAAGAGUCUGGAGUCCUUCCCAGCGAAUUGUCUCUCACCCUGAGGAGUCCGCCAGCUCAAUUACUGGAGAAAGAGAGGUUGAUCCUUGUCACCGCCCUCCCCUCCUGUCUUCAGUAGGAGCGGGGAAGAGGAGAUCCGCUCCAGUGCGCACGGGAGUGACCAAGUGCAGCUGGCUACGGGGGCAGCGACCUGAAAGAGGGUCCUUUCCUCCUCCCGCGGCUACACCCGCCCCGUGCGACCUGAGCACAGCGCUGGACCAUCCCGCCAGGGCUCGCGGGUGACAUCACUACUGAAGAUACUCGCGCGCUGGUCCUCGCCUUUACAAAGCCUCUAUCAGUGUGGUUUGGGUCUCUGGAGAGGGCUCCCGGCUUCCUGGGAAGAGAGCAGGACACUGAGAAGCAACUGACCGGAGGAAGCAAAAGAGCAGGAGUACCACAGCGGGCGGCGACGACAUGAAAUUCAACGCUGCACACUACCUGCUGCCCCUGCUCCCUGCACUCGUCCUCAGCACCAGACAGGACUAUGAAGAGCUAGAGAAGCAGCUGAAGGAAGUGUUUAAGGAGCGUAGCACAGUCCUCCGGCAGCUGACAAAGACAUCCAGAGAACUGGACGGGAUCAAAGUCAACCUUCAGUCUUUGAAAAAUGAUGAGCAAUCUUCCAAAACUGAUGUUCAGAAGCUCCUGGAGUUAGGCCAGAAACAGAGGGAAGAAAUGAAGUCUCUCCAGGAAGCCCUGCAAAACCAGCUUAAAGAGACGUCUGAGAAGGCCGAGAAACACCAGGCGACAAUUAAUUUUUUGAAGACUGAAGUGGAAAGAAAGAGCAAAAUGAUCCGAGACUUACAGAAUGAGAAUAAAAGCUUGAAAAACAAAUUGUUGUCAGGAAGCAAGCUGUGUGGUAUUCAUGCAGAAGAGUCCAAAAAAAUCCAAGCUCAACUAAAAGAGCUCCGUUAUGGGAAAAAAGAUUUGUUAUUUAAGGCCCAACAGCUCACUGAACUGGAACAAAAGUUAGCUGUAGCCAAAAAUGAACUUGAGAAAGCAGCUCUUGACAGGGAAUCACAGAUGAAAGCAAUGAAAGAGACUGUACAACUCUGCUUGACAUCAGUUUUCCGUGAUCAGCCUCCUCCUUUGAGUCUCAGCUCAUCAAAUCCAACACAGAUGUUACAUCCACCCAGGACAACUGCUUCCAAGAUUCCAGAAACAAGGACAAAAAGCAAGCCACAACAAAGUUCUCCAGGAAACCAUGAGAGCUCUCAAGUUCAGGCAACAAAGGAAGAGAUGAGAAGAAUCUCUGUGUGUGGUCCUCAAGAUGAGGGUAGUUCCUGUUUGGUGAAGCAUGAGGAGGGUCCCCAAAGUAACAUCACUGCAGAAUCAGAACCCACAACACAGCAGAAAUUGCAAAUGCCUCUUUGUUCUGAAUGUGAAGAGAAAAAAGGCCCAGAAAAGCAAUCAGCCAGUUUUGAUGGGACUCCAGCUAGAGAAGAGAAAAUACUGUAAACAGGAGGCAUGGAAUCAAAAGCUUCCCUUUCCUGCCAUCAUCAUAUUUCUAGAGUACAGGCUUGAUGGGAACACCACGUUUCUAAAGCAUGCAACUUUUUUCCAAACUUUAUGUAACUUUAUAAUGUGAACUACACAAUUUCCAAAAGGUUCCAGGCUGAUUAUGAACUUUAGCAAUAAUCUAAUGAAAAGGAUUUCUUCACUAACACAUCUCUAAAAUUACCCAGUACAAAUUGAUUUGUUUUGUGCUAAAGCACAAACAUAACAUUUUUUUUUUUGGUCUUUGCGUGGAUAUUUGGAAUUCAAAGGUGUACUUGGUAACAUCAGCUAGAAAAUGAUAAAAUAUGAGCCCUGCUGUUUUUAAAAUUUCAAACUUCAAAUGUAUAGAAGUUUUGUUGUACAGUGGCCAUCUGGUGUCUUUUCCUCCAAAGUUGGAAUUUGCAGACCAGAAUACAUUAUUAUAGGUAUUUAGUUUUUGUCACAUUAUAUUGACCUAAUAAUCAUUGAUAUAAAAUUAUGUCCAGUUAAUUCUGUCAAUGAUAAGUUAAUUACUAGAACUCAUUAGUUAUAUCUAAUAUGAUACAUACAUGUAGAAUUUUUAGAAUGAAAAACAAAUACCUUUCAUAAUAUCUUUUAAUUUUUUAUUUUUUUAAUUUUUAUUAAUUACACUUGAUUCAUCUUGUAUCCCCUGUGAACCCUUCCCACCUCCCCUUCCACUCUCCCUCCUCCUUCUCUAAGCAUGCCCCUUCCCAAGUCCACUGAUAGGGGAGGUCUUCCUCUGCUUCCUUCUGAUCCUAGUCUAUCAGGUCCUUUGUGCAAACUCUCUGAUAUUGUUUCAAGAUGUGACUCAAGCUGUCUGAAGUGCCAGCUUUAAGGGAUGAUAAGAUGGGAAGGAAAUCCUAAAAUAUUAACAGACAAGGUGCACAUAGAUAUUUUAGAAUCGCUGUUUAAUGAAGGCAAAAUAACAUGGAAUAAUUUUUAAAAAGCAAUGAUGUUUUAGCUUUGAAGAUAGGAUUCUAUAUGAGAAUUUCACUGAUCAAAAGAGCCAAACAUUGGCACAAGUAUAGUAUAACUCAUAAUCAAGAAGAAAUGGAUAUUUAAAUGAUUAUAUAUUCAAGCAUCCACUUAGCAGAUAAAAACUAACCAACAGAUGACAUCAGGGAACCUACACUGACUGAGUUCAUUCACUUUCGUUGAAUAAACACAUUUUGAAAGUUCAGAAAAAAAGACAAAACCACUGUUUGUAUACGAUUAAUCUUUCAAGCCCCAGUAAACACCUUGAGAGAUAUAUCCCAAAAUAAAAACACAUUAAAAGAAAUUGGUAGGACUUAAUUUAUAGGAUCCAAUGGCUUGUAUGUAGUAUAUUCAGAGAAAUUUAUUGAGCUCUAGAAUUGAAUAAAACCGUUAACAGAAAAAAGAAAAGCAUCAUACAUUAGUUCUAAAUGCAGACUAGUUUUGUGGAUUUUUCCUGUAUUAUCACUCUUAAAAAGAAACAUAAAUAAUUUAUAGAUUCAUAGAAUUUUAGAUGAACUGACCAAGAUUAAAUAUAAGAUUGGGGUAUGAAAUUUCUACUCACCACAUACUCAGUUCCAUCUUACCCCACCCCCAUCUUAUAUAGUAUUUGAUUUUCUUUACAAAAUAAUAGGUUUAUUUAUAGUUUCUAUUUCUUUUUCUUUUUGAAGCAAAUUCUCAUAUGUAUCAAGUUAGGCUCAAAAUUACUACAAAGUAGAGUACGAGCUAGAAUUCCUGCCUCCACUUCCCAAGUGUCAGGAGUUUCAGCCACUCACCACCUCCACAGUAAUGAAAAAAAUACUAGUUCAAUUUUAAUUUGGUAUUGCCUUUCCCCUCUUAUUAGGGCAUUUAUUUCCUGCCUCACCCCUGAGUUUGCCGCAGAAUGGUAGGCACGUGUUGUUAGCACGGCAAGCUGUGAACAUCUGUGACUCUGUGUAGGAAUGAGCUGGAUAAGGAGUUCUAAGUUUGACCAACCUUGUUUUCCAAUUGUGUAUUUUGUCGGCUUUGACUUUCUGUUCUAGAAUGUGAUAAUAUAAUCAGUUUGCUUUUCUUUACUCUUGGAAUGAUAAAAUGGGUUUGAAUCAAGAUGGUAAAAUUUCCUCUUAGACAUUGUGUAUAUCUUGUGUAUCUACAGGUUUUGUCUAGGUGUCUGUCAUAAUAUUUACUCCUGUAUUUGAAAGAAAUAACUUAAUAGCAAGGGAUUUUUUCCUAAUCAUUUAAAAAGGAACAUUACAAAAUUUCAUUUAAUACUUUGAUAGGGAUAUUUUUUUAGUAUGAUUUGAGGUUCUUAUUGAAUUAAUGUGUUUUGUCUCUCUUAGCUCUUAGCCCUUUCCUUGCUUUGAGACUGGACCAGAGAUAUUAAACUAUUUUCCUUACCCAUAUGGCUACUCUAUGAAAAAGACACAUCUAUAAUGAGAGUUUUGGUUUCUUUAAAACCUCGGUUAUGUUAUGUAAACAUGUUUUUGUUUUAAUCCGAGGUGUGAGAUAGCUUUAGAUGGUCCACAGGAGCACUCUCUUUGCUCUGAGAGGGCCGUGAUCUUUGCCAGCUGCAGACAGUUUACUUCUGGAAACUCUAAGAGGGCAUAAACGCCAGAGCCCAGAGAGGGACAGUGGUUCUUAAAGGAAGAAGGCAGCUACUGCUCCCCUUGCUGCUCCUGGUUGCUGUGGCUGCAUUUUGGUGAGAAGCUGGAGAUCUCCUGAAACAAAGAUUGAACUUGCCCUGAGGAACUUGAUGACCCUAAACAGUGAGAAGUAGCUAAUGAUAACCACACCUCUCCCCGAAGUAACCUUUCUCUCCUACCCGGUGUUGGAGUGUUGGAAGGGAUUGGGGUGGAUAAGGGAAGUAGAGACAUAAGGAACCCCAAUAAAACAGAUAGAAAGUAUGCCUACAUCCAUCUCCUACUUUUCUUAACUACCAGCUUUAUGCUAGACAUUGUUUGAAGAACUAACAUUAAGACACUGAUCAUUCUCACACAGAAAGAAUAUUAUCUAACAUAUUGACAAUACGUGGUGUGAUUCUGUUAUAUACUUGCGAUGUUAAGUGAAGAAAUACAACUAGAUUUUAUACACUGUCCACUGAUUACUGUUGAAGACACUCCCAUACUUUCUAAUGGAAGAACAUAUUUAAUAUGUCCUUCCACAACUAAGAACAAUUUUCUCUAUUUUAUAAUAUUAUAAUAAUAAUAAUUCAAUUUAAAAUGUGAAUUAAAUAUAAUGUAUUCAUUUGUAAAUUAGAAAACUUUUUAAUUUUGUCUUUCCUUUUAUGUACAUAAAUUACGUCAAUUAACCAGUGCCUAAGAUCUGUGAGGCCUGAAUGAACACUGGCUGUGUCUAUCAAAUAAGACAUGCCCAGAAGAGGAUGGUGUCAGUCAUUCGUCUGGAUAAAGAUUUCGUUAUAAUUUCAAAUAUCUGAGCGCUGAAAAUACCAGUAGCUGACUCCGUUUCUGUCUGUGAGCAGCUGAUUAGCAUAGCAUUCCGCUUUUACUCACAAUUCUGUUUCAUAAAAAUACACUGAAUUACAAGCUCAAUACAGUUUGGUGUUUUUGAUUUUGUAUUGGUUUUUUUGUGGAGCAGACAUUUGCUGUUUUAGAUGGACAAGGUGUUUAGCUGGACUAAAAUUAAAUUUGUGAAUUUGCUACGAGGGAAUCUUUUAUUUUUAUAGCUCAGGUAAUGUAAUUAGCAGUAACCGCAGCACAGGUGGAAAUAAUAAUUGGCACCAUAGACUAGCAAGAGCAAUGAACAUGAUGUUUUUGUUUUUGUUUUUUUACAUGGAGAACUGUACUGUCAAAAGGUCUAUAUCCACGAGCUCUGUACUGAUCUGGAUUGUGUCACAUAAUGGUCAAGUACUGAAAAAUAAAAAGUGCUGAAAAGUGGCCUGUUUUUCUUCAAUAAAAAAUUUGUUACAAAGA